CCAGCACAAAGCCGUAUUUAGCUUCCAGUAAUAACAGUGGGAUGACCUAACGUGCCAUGCUCUGGGAAUACACAAAGACACUUGAAGGCUUUGAGGGACUUUCUUUAUCAAAUGUUGAGGUGUUGGAUCCAUGAGGUCCAAAAGGAAUUCUGUACUAGAGCUAAGUGUCCAGUGUCAUGAAACUUAAUCCACGUCAGGCUCCGUUAUAUGGCAGUUGUGUGCUAACCGUUCAGCUCAGCGAUGAGGAGCUUUGUCAGGGAGAAGAAGGUAGGGAAGAUGCGGAGUUAUUCCUGGUCUUCGCUGGAUCCACUCAGAGGCAUCUCAGCAGCACUUUGAGGGUCAGCCAUGACACCCUGCAGGCAGUGUGCCCGGCUCACGAGUGCUGUGAAUCAGUUGUGGUCACCACGUGCUCUGCAGACCCGGGCGGCCUUGUUCAUGAACUCGCCUCAGAGCGCAUGUGUUUUGUCCAGGACCUGGCCUUUGACAUGGCCCAGUUCCUGGUGGGCGCGGUGGGCCGGGCCGACAUGUUAGAGGACGCUCUGCUGCUGGACGAGCAUCAGAUCCCCCUGCAGGAGUGUGAGAGGAUGGACCAAAACCUGGCCCUCGCUCUCUCCCACCUUACACUGCCAGCGGGCUGGAGCCUCCUGGGGAACUGCAAUGCCCCAGAGCCCCAGGAGACACUACUGCACUUUGCUGCCCGCCGUGGGCUCCAGAGAGUCGCCCGUUUCCUCCUGCGGCAGCCUGGGGCCCGAGAGGCGCUGGCCCUGCCAAACAAACAGGGGGUCACCCCAGCUAGCCUGGCCCAAAGCCGGGGACACAGCGCACUGCUGGAGCUUCUCACACAGGAGGAGACGAGCACCCAAGAUAGCACCGAGACACAUAGACGUAUCCCCUGUAGUGCUGGUGUGGUGCAGCACCACCCGUGUCUGAACACCUACACCCUGUCAGUGGGUACCCAGCCUGGCACCGUUCCACGCAGCCUGCAGGCUGAUUUACAAGACUUUCGCUGUCUGAUCCAUCACAACGCUCAUGGCAAGGGAGGAGCUGUACUUCAGCUGCAGUCCGAGUCACCACACGCUGUCGGAGAAUGUGCAGACAACCCAGAGACAAGACAGGCCUGUUUUGAACAGCCACAACAUGACUCCCUCGACACCAGAGAGCAAGAGUCCACGUCUCUGUGUGUGAAAGGAAACAAAAACGAGCACGGCGGCUGCUGCCCAGGUCCACUUCAGCACGGCUGUCCUGCACCUCCCUCGGACAAUAGCAACAGUGACGAGAAGCGGGUGUGUGCUUGUGAAAACACUGAGGGAGAUUACGGAGUGCAAGCAGAAAGUGCAGCUGCUUGCGUAGAAGGCUCGAGGAAGGAGGGAGAUAGUGGUGACUGCUUACAGAGCACAUUUGGGGGGGAAAGCGCAGCCCACCAAACCUCAUCCUGUGGAAAGGAGGGAGAGGAAACUGAUAGAGCUCAGGACUUGAUCUGUGAGGCACAGGGCACAGCUGAGGGGCCUGAAAGGGAGGUCCAAGCAGAAGACUGCAACUCUGGGAGGCCAGACCAGGACCAGCAUCUAGAGGAAGAUCUAUCAGAACACAAAGCAGGAGCAGCUGGAGAUAUGGGAAUCACUCAAUCUUUGGACACGCCUGAAAGUUCUGAUGUGGAGUCGGGUUCUCAAGGAGCAGAAAGCGAUGAUGAGAAAGAGGUGGAGAACACAGACAUUAGUUCUUCAGAACUGGAAGAGAAGGCCGAGGGGCUGGUGGACUUAAAUCCAGGAGUGGAUCAACCAUUAAAUACCUCACGUGAAAAAGAUGGGCAUGAUUCAAAUGAGACUGACCUAAACUCUGCACUGCAUUCCUUGGAGGACAGGCGUGAAUUUAAUGGCAGUCAAGUCUCUUGUGAGCAAACAAGCUAUGAACUAGAAAGUGAUGAACAGGAAAAACCUGGAAAAGACAAUAUUGAAGGGCAAGAAGAAGAUCCUGUUAUCUUGUGUUCUAACACUGAAAGAGAAAUCAGUCAAGAACAAGCUGAAGCAACUUGUCACCAUGGAGAUACAUCUGAAGGCACUCCAGAAGGCCAAUGCCUAGAGAAUGAGACACUUGAGAAGAUUCAGUCUCCCUUAGAAGCAGAGACUAAUGAAGGUGAAGGAAUGUGUAAUUCAAGUGGUGCAUCGACAGUGACACUUAACGCUGUCUCCAACGACUCUCACUUGCCUGAGCAAGAAACAGAAACAGGCAGGGAAGAAUCACGAUCCACAGGGGAACCAGACCCAGCAGAGGUAAGCAGAGCAGCGGCAGGAAGUGAGAGUGAGGCACAAAAGUUGGGAAGCUCCGGUGAUGUCUCACAGCCUGAAUUCGACUCAGAGCCUGAGUCUCACACACCAACCAGUGAAGACACCUUAGAACCUGAGGAGGGCUGUACCACCAAGGGAGUUUCUUGCAGUGACCAGCAAGGAAGUCCAGAGCCGGAAACCCCUAAAGAUACCUUGGAGUCCCAGGUCUUAGCGGUAGCUUCGGAAGACACAGAGAACAAACGUUCUUUAGGGAGUAAUGAUUGUUUUGAAGGCAGGACAGAAGAAAUUACCUUGCAAAGUGGAGAUGUUGUGGACCUUUGUCCUCUUGAGAACCGUGAAAGUGUUUCUGAACAGGGAACAGCAUCUCAAAACUCUGGUGUUGACCAAUCAGAAGAACAUUUGAGUGACACCAGACAUACUGAAAACAGUCAGACUCCAGAGAAUAAUGAAAGAGUUCCUGAACAGGGAGAUGGAACUAUUUCUCAAAACUCUGCAGUUGACCAAUCAGAAGAGGAACGCUUAAGUGACAUAACUAAUGAAAGCAGUCAAACUCUGGAGAGUAAGGAAAGAGUUCCUGAACAGGAAGAUGGAACUGUUUCUCAAAACUCUGAAGCUGACCAAUUAGAAGAUCAAGUGGACACCAGAAUUAGUGAAAACGGUCGAACUCUAGAGAAUAAUAAAGGGGUUCCUGAACAGGAAGAUAGAAAUGUUUCUCAAAACUCUGAAGCUGCCCAGUCAGAAGAUAAAGUGCACCCUAAAACUACUGAAAACAGUCAAACUCCAGAGAGUAAGGAAAGAGUUCCUAACCAGGAAGAUGGAACUUUUUCUCAAAACUCUGUAGUUGACCAAUCAGAAAAACAAGUGGACGCCAUCACUAGUAAAAACAGUCAAACUCCAGAGAGUAAGGAAAGAGUUCCUGAACAGGGAGAUGGAACUGUUUCUCAAAAUUCUGUAGUUGAGCAAUCAGAAGAAGAAGUGGACACCAGAAAUAGUGAAAACAGUCAAACUCCAGAGAGUAAGGAAAGAGUUCCUGAACAGGAAGAUGGAAGUGUUUCUCAAAACCCUGUGGUUGACCAAUCAGAAGAAAGAGAGGAAUUGGGUGAUACCACACACACUGAAAACAGCCAAACAAUUAUAGAGGAAGAACAGUUAUGUUUGGACCAUUCUGUGGGUGGUGUUUCGUCUACCUCAAAUGUAACUGAUACAGUAGGCAUUUCAGUGUCGCUUGAAGAGCGGUCAAAUGUUGAACUUGGAAGUGAGCUUAGCUCUAAGCCAGCUGUGGUGGACACGGGUUCUGCGGAUAUAGAAUUGACUGAGGCACAAGAAAUGCAGGAAACAGAAGCUGAACGAUGUGAGGAUGCACACGCCAGUGCUCUUCAGAAAGAAAAAGACAUCCCUUUGGAAGAUCAGGUGGACUGUCAAACCCUCACUUGCCCUGAUGUUAACACAGAUAAUGCAGUUUCUAAGAUUCACAGAGAGAGGGACUCUCUCUGUCUUGACAGCUCCCAGGCCUCAACACACAGCAGAGCUUUAGAGAAACGACACAGCUCGGAGUCCACAGAGAGUCCGCGCUCGCAGGCCCGGCACAGCACAGGCAGCACCACUCUGAGGGACUCCGGCAGUGAUACAGAUGGCUUCAUCAGCACAGACACGGGAGAGGACAAUGUCUUCAGGAAGGCAGAGGAAACGCUAGGCCCUGGCGACAGCACCAGUGAGGCAUCAGUCUCCUGCUCCUCCACGGACGACACUGCUAGCCUGGGCCACCCUAGUUCCUCUGCAGAGAGCUCUGAGGAGGUGCGGCGUGGGGGAGGAGGAGGAGGUGCAGGGGUAGGCGCAGGAGGAGAGACAGAAGAGGAGGCAAAAGACCGACUAACGGAGGUUCCCCUGCGCUCCUCUCUCCUCCGCACCACUGUCCGCUCUCUCUCUCCUUUCCGUCGCCAUAGCUGGGGGCCAGGCAAGAACCAAGGAGGAGAAACAGACAUGAAUCAGCGCAGCUCUGUACGAAGUACUGGGGUCCAAAAGCCUGUCUUUCACAGAAGAAGUCUUAGCUGGUGUCCCACUCAGCCCCUCUUCAGUUCUGACCUGGAUGAGAUUAGUCAGCUCUUCAGUUACAGCCUGGAGGGCCUGGCCGCAGAGCGAGAUGAUGGAAAGGGAUGGCAGCCGCAGGGGGGAGGCCCCUCUCAGGGCCAGAGGGGGGUCCACCGGCAGCAGAGUGAGGACAGGGGAUCACAGGUGUCCCUCACUGAAGAGGGGCUGGAGUCCGACCUGGGAGACCACAGCAGUCUGGAUAGUCAGAAAUCAAAGAAAUAUCGUCCACUGAGACACAACUGUCCAUCCAUGACCCUCCCCCUCCGACAGUCCGUAUCCAUGCUGUCUAUCAGCCAGAGGGAUAUAGAUGGUAUGAGAUCAUUUUCUAGCACUUCGAGUUCUCUAGGAUACAGUAUCACAGAAGAAGAGCCUGGCCCUUUAAGAGGGGAUUUUGAAGGAAAGAGUGGGACCAAAAUGAGCCGCACCUUUAGUUAUCUGAAAAGUAAAAUGUACAAGAAAACCAGGGAAAAAGACAAAGAGAAGAACCGGGAAAAAGACAGAGAAACUAAGGAGAAGGAGAAGAAGGCAGUGAACGGGCAUCUGUUCAGCUCUGCGACUUCCGUCCAUACAGCUUUGUGUCAGCACUGCAACAAAGCCCUAAAUGCUAAAGAUGCUGUCAGCUGUACAAGUUGCAGUGUUUGUGUUCACAAGAGCUGCAGAGACAACAUCCCUGCGUGUACCAAGGGAAAGUUUCAAAAACAGCAGUUUCUCAUGCCAGAAUCGACCACCAUGCCUGGAGUCACUUUAAGAGCAAAAACUUCUGCGCCACGGGAGAGGCCCUGGUCAGCCGUCUUGUCUCCAGAUGACCACUCUUUGGUGAUCACCCCCCGAAGACACACAAGCAUCAUGCCUUUCAACAGUAGCAACCUCUCCAAAAGCAUGUCAAUCAGCAACAUUGCUGUAUUUGAUGAGAUGCCCAUAAAGGGCCUGAGAUAUCUGUCCCAGUCCACCGACUCUUUGCACAAAGCCAACAAGGUCAACGAGUCCACUGAGUCUCUGAUAGAUGAAGGAACAGAGAUGAUUGAUGGGCAGCUGAUGGGAGAGUUCGAGGCAGAUGCUAAAGAGCUAGAGGCUGACUCCUGGAGCUUCACUAUGGACAAGAAAUACCUGAAACAACUAAAGAAGGAUGUCAUUAAGAGACAGGAUGUAAUUUAUGAGCUGAUCCAAACGGAAAUGCACCAUGUGCGAACGUUGCGGAUAAUGGCGGACGUAUAUGGUAAGGGCCUGUUGAAGGAGGUGCAGCUGGAGCCCCAGACAGUAGAGAAGGUGUUUCCCAUGCUGGAUGACCUGCUGGAACUUCACACAGUCUUCUUCAGCAGCCUGCUGGAGAGGAAGAAAGAGGCCAAGCAGGAGAAUACCGAUGGUGGCUUCGUUAUCAAAAGGAUAGGGGAUAUUCUCGUGAACCAGUUCUCAGGGUCCAGAGCUGAAAGCAUGAAGAAAGUUUAUGGCAAGUUCUGCAGUCGGCACAACGAAGCAGUUAACUUCUACAAGGAGCUACAUGCCAAAGACAAGCGCUUCCAGGCUUUUAUCAAGAAAAAGAUGAGCAGCAGCAUUGUCCGGCGGCUGGGCAUCCCAGAAUGCAUAUUAUUAGUCACGCAGAGAAUAACAAAGUACCCAGUCCUGAUGCAGAGGAUUCUACAGCACACUAAAGAGAAUGAAGAGGACUAUGAGGAUCUGAGCCAAGCUCUGCAACUCGUCAAAGAGGUAAUAGCUGCCGUGGACAGUAAAGUGAAUGAGCAUGAAAAGAAGAGGAGGCUGAAGGAGAUCUAUAGCCGAACAGAUGGCAAGUCCAUUAUGCGCAUGAAGAGUGGUCAGAUGUUUGCUCGAGAAGACCUCAUACGAGGCAGAAAGCUCCUGCACGACGGGCCACUGCAGCUGAAAAGCACUGCAGGCAGGCUAAAGGAUGUUCAAGCCGUACUUCUCUCUGAUGUCUUGGUGUUCUUGCAAGAGAAGGACCAAAAAUACGUCUUCGCCUCUCUGGACCAGCGUGCCACUGUGAUCUCCCUGCAGAAGCUGAUAGUGAGGGAGGUGGCCAACGAGGACCGUGGCCUCUUCCUCAUCACAGCGGGCAUCGAGCGGCCCGAGAUGGUGGAGGUUCACGCCAGUUCCCGAGAGGAGCGAAACACCUGGAUGCAGCUCAUCCAGGACGCCAUGCACUCUAUAGAAAAGGAUGAUGAUGAAGGUAUCCCUAGUGAGACAGAGGAGGAUAAAAAGCUGCUGGAGUCCAAAGCAAAAGAGAUGAGAGACAUGCUCCGGAGGAAAGAUGAUCAGAUCCUGGCUCUGCUGCAGGAGAAGAUGAAGCUGUUUCAUGACAUGUGUGAAUGUACCUCCUCUGAUGAGAAGAUGCUGUUCAGGGCCUGUAAUGAUGACAUGCCCAGAGGAGAGCCCAUCAUGAAGGAGGCCAUUAAAGAAGUGGAGAUGUUGCAGACGCUAGUCAACAGCAGCCUGGGAGGGGCCGUGGGCCAGCAGGUGGUCAGCGCUCCGGGCAGCACAGUGUCCGUGUGUUUGCCUCGCAGAGCCGAAACCUUCGGAGGCUUCGACAGCCACCAGAUGAACAUCUCCAAACACGGAGAUAAAGAAGAAGGUGAAGACCUGAGGAGGACAGAGUCUGACAGUGUUCUGAAGAAGGGGGGAAACACCAACCUGCUGCUGCUGCUGAAGAGGAACAGUGAGCAGGUCCUAAGCAGUGUUACUCACCUCCAUGAUCUCCUCAACUCGCUGCAGGCUGUGGUUGUCCAGCAGGACACCUUCAUCGAGGACCAGCGGCAGGUCCUGACCGAGCGGCCCUCUUCUCGCCCCUCCUCGCGGCCGCCGUCUCUGGUGGAGCAGGAGAAACAGCGCAGUCUGGAGCGCCACAGACAGGAGGCGGCCGCGCUGCAGCGCCAACAGGCCGCACACGCUGAGGAGAGGAAGCGCAGAGAGAAAGAGUGGGAUGCUCGGGAGAAGGAGCUGAUGGACCGGGAGUCAAUACUCAACUCCAAAGAAGAUGAGGUGCAGAGGAGGCGUAGGGAGCUGGAGGAGGCACGGAGGGAGCUACAGGGGAGGAAAGAGGAUUAUCAAAAAGACCUGGAGAGGCUGAGGGACUCUCAGAGGAAGCUGGAGAGAGAAAAGGAGCAGAUGCAGAGGGAGAUGGAGAAGCUGGAGUAUCUCAGGGAGACAGAGAAGCGCGUGAACAGGACCCCCUCCAGUACCUCGGAGGAUUCGUUGAACAUCCAGAGCAGCAGCUCAGUGGAGCGGGACCUGGGGGAGGCCGAGCUGUCCGCCAGCCCCAGGAAAAACUCCCUCUCCAGGAUGGACUCCAAACACAAGGGCCGCAACCUCAACCCCUUUUCCCUGGGUCCCAAAGCCGUGAGCACAGACGGACAUAAGCAGGUCCAGAGCCGACUGCUCCAGCUGGCCAAAGCCAAGGACAAGAAGGACAAAAAGAAGAAGAAAAGCAAGAGCAAGCCCUCUCAGGAAGCAGAAUCCCAUCUGCUGCCACUGACAGAGCCUCCGCUGGAUGGAGAGAUUUUCUUCUGCUGACUUGGCCUUCACUUUCAAUCAGCCCACAAUUCCCUUUUUCUCUAAGCUAUCUGCACCAGCUGAAUGUAACUCUACGCAGGAUGCCUGCCAAAGUGCCCCCACCGCGUCCCUGGCACAUAGUGCCACGCUAAUUAGGGUGAAUUUGCCCUGAAACCUUUCCAUGUCCGGCAUAUGCGUGCGUAUAUGCAGGGCAUGUUUCUGUAUGUGCAAUUCACCGAAUGACACUCACUUUUGAAUGUUACCAACUCAAAUGGACUUCACAAAUCUGACCUCAGUUCACUCUAUUCACUUGCCCCUAAAAUCUAUAGUUCUAUCCCAGAUGACAAAAUAUAGGAAAGGUUUUUGAAAUGUCUUCCCUUUUAUUAAAAGAAAAAAUUAAUAGUCUGUCUGUGAGUGUCAGAAUAAUAGUAGUUAACUAGAAGGCCAUUUAUUGUCAUCCUCUUUUGAUUAGACAGCUGUCUGAGAACGCUUUCCUUCUGGAAGAGCUUUGACUUUCGUUUUAAACCCACCAAGCACUUUACACAAUACAGCCAGUAUGAUCACGGUCACCAAAAUGACAAUCGGUGCAGACUUCAUGGACCCAAGCAAGUUUUUUAGGGAGAUUCCAUAAAGGGGAAUUCCACCAAUUUUUCUAAAUUUCUUCACAAGUCAGUCACUGAGAUGAGACUUUGGUGUGAACUGGUUCUUGUAAAGAAACAUACUAACUCCUCUUCACAGUGGUGGUGAUAGGAACCAGGGGUCACGGUGUGUAUAACAAAAAUAUUGCCAUUUUUUAUCCAAAAUAAUCAGUGCACCUACACAUCUUAUGAGUUAAUGUAUCUAAUGUUGAUAGUAAAAUCGAAACUAAAAGAAUUGGCUUUCUUUUUGUGCUACUUGGCCUCACAACACCCUGCAUGUACCUCUCCGCCAUGAAUGGAUUUGAAAAAACAUGUUUUAAAGCAAAACUUUUACUCAAAACUAUAGUAAAACAAAGUCUCAGCUUUCUGUGAGGGAGCUUUUAAAAGGCAUUAAACGCUUCAGACGUCUGCUUCCCAUCACCACCACUGUAAACAAUUCUGAAUAUUCUCUAGAACAGAACAUUUCACAUAAAGUCACAUCUUAACCAUUUUAAAAAUAGUGGAAUUCCCUUUUAAAUAAUGGUGACACCCCAUGUUAGACUGUAUUAAGAAUUCAUAACAAUGUGUAGUCACAGUGGAGGUCAUGCUUGUAAUCUUGUUGUAAUUCUAGCGAAAAAAAAUCACAAAUGCUAAAAGACUCAAACUGUAAAUAUAAUAGGAGUCAUAAAAGUUGAAUUACCUGCUGGACAGGUACCAUCUGCACAUGAAAAUGCAACACCCAUGGAAUACUGUAUCAACUCUGUACACUCAACGUUUUAACACAGAUGCACCAUACCAUAUAGUUCUCCUCCCUAAAGUCAGAAUAACCCCCAGCCGACUUUUAUUUACCUUAUGUACUUUGCUCAAAGUGUCUGUGUAUUUCAUCAUGCACCAAAACGUACACCCUGCUAGAUUUCAAUGGAAGAGGUUUCAAAGGAAUGUUUCUUUUUACGCUGAGAUGCUCCACAGGCCAGUUUGUUUUUGUAGUGGUUGAAUUUUUUUUUUCCCAUGAAGGAAAUGUAUUCUUUGUAAUCGAGUAUAUGACCUGAUAUGGAUAUCAAAACCAACUUGAGCUGUUAUCUGAUCCGGAUUGCACUAACCUGCAAUGAGUAAACUCUACCAGCAGGGGGCGACAGAUUCUAUUUUUAAUUUCUUUUGAUUCCAGCAUUUCAGGGUUUUUUUUUUUUAUGCCCAUUUGGAUUUGACCCCUGCAGGCUAGAGCUGAGCUCCAGUGCAGGCAGUACGCACUGAUGAGAUACGAUGGUCCUCGUGUACAAAAAGGGAGUAAGAUUUUUUUGUAGUGCGUAGUUUUAUGGAGAUAAUUCCUCUAUGGCCUUACGAAAUUCAGGACAUGCAUAGUUUCACAGGCUACACCUUUUAUUUCCAUAAGAACAAGCAGGGAAUUGUCAAUCAGUGUAUUUUUUAAUUGUUCAUAAAAGUACAGUUGCGUAGCCUUAAACGAAUGAUGAAAUGCACUAAAGUCGAACCCAGCAUUUUCUCAGGAGCGCAGGUUUGAACCUUUUGUUUAAAAAAAAAGUAAGAAAUACUUUGUACUUCAAGGUACAGUAUUGUUUUCUUGCUAAAUUAUGUAAAAAAGGGGCAAAAGUAAUAUUGUGUAAAUAAUUUGUGAAAGAUGUUAACUGUAUAAGAAUGGACCAUGUGUUUGUUUAAUUUGUGGUUAAUAUCAGUAUUUUGUAAGAAGUCUAUUUAUCUGUGAUCCCCUUAUUUGGAGGCAAAAAUGUAAUGACCUCGAAAUAAUAAAAAAUCUAUAACAUGUUUAAAUGA